UGAAGAUCAAGUUUUGGACCUAGACUCAUUGGGUGAUCAUUUCAUCCAGACCAACUUGAAUGAGCUGGUGAAAAGUUCAAAAGGCAUCUACUACAACUGAGAAACUAUGUCUCCAGCAGCCUCUAAAGCCCAAGAGUCCAGUGGAUCAUCAGACAGAUUCAAGAUGGAAAAACAGCAAGAAGAAGCAGAAUGGGAAAGCAUAAAUGUGCUGUUGAUGACACAUGGCUUAAAACCUUUGUCCAUAGUCAGAAGAACAGAUCUAAAAGAUCUCAUCGUUUUUGACAAACAAUCAUCACAAAGGAUGAGAGAGAAUUUUCAGACGUUGGUGGAAGACACAGCACGUCAACAGAACGUGAUACGGGAGCUCAUAGAAACUAAUCAGCAGCUUAAAAAUGAACUUCAGCUGGAACAAAGGCGAACAGCAGAUCAGGAACAACGAGCUAAUGACUUGGAACAAAUUAUGGAGAGUGUGAAAUCUAAAAUUGGUGAAUUGGAGGAUGAAUCCCUAAAUAGGGUUUGUCAGCAACAGAAUGAAAUGAAAGAUCUUCAAAAGGAGCAUGCAGCUUUACAGGCAAAAUGUCAGCGUUACAAGAAAAAGCGAAUGGAACAACAAGAGACUAUUGCAUCUUUGCAAAAGAAUAUCUAUAGAUUAACAAAGGAGGAAGAAGAGCGCAUUGUUACUCAAAACAGAGUGUUUGCCUAUCUCUGCAGAAGAGUUCCUCAUAGUGUCUUGGAUAGACAGUUGCUUUGCCUGAUCGAUUACUAUGAAUCUAAAAUUAGAAAAAUUCAUCAACAAAGACCAUGUAAAGAAGAUGAAAGUCAGUCAGAAGAAGAAAAAGACUAUACAGUUCUGGAUGCGUCACCAAAUUAUAAAGGCCUUCUAGUGUCAUUACAAAAUCAACUCCAGGAAUCAAAAUCCAAGAUUGAUGUACUUUUAAGUGAAAAGCUGAACCUUCAAAAAGAUUUGGAAACUAGGCCCACACAGCAUGAAUUAAGACUUUAUAAACAACAAGUGAAGAAACUGGAGAAAGCCCUUAAGAAAAACAUCAAAUUACAGGAGCUUAUCAGCCAAAAAAAGGCUGAAGACCCAAAGAAAGAUGAUGAGCCCAGCAAAGAUAACCAGCAACAGGCCCUAAUUGACAAUAAAUACUUCCAGGUGCUAUGUAGCAUCAAUUCAAUUAUUCAUAAUCCAAGAGCUCCAGUAAUAAUUUAUAAACAGAGCAAAGGAGGAGCCCAACAUUUUAAUAAAGUUUUUGUUCAAGAUUGUGGAUUUGAGCAUCUUGUUCCUGUAAUAGAAAUGUGGGCAGAUCAACUGACAUCCCUGAAGGAUUUGUAUAAAUCUUUGAAAAUACUAUCUGCAGAACUGGUGCCUUGGCAUAAUUUAAAGAAGCAGGAUGAAAAUGAAGGUAUCAAAGUGGAAGACCUCUUGCUUAUGGUAGAUACCAUGUUGGAAGAAGUUGAAAAUAAAGAAAAGGACAACAGUAUGCCAAACUUUCGAAUUUUACAAGCUGUUGUUUCUCACUUCCAAAAAUUGUUUGAUGUGCCUUCUUUGAAUGGAAUCUAUCCUCGAAUGAAUGAAGUUUAUAUUAGGCUUGGAGAAAUGAACAAUGCUGUGAGAAACCUCCAAGAACUCUUAGAACUAGAUAGUUCUACCUCAUUGUGUGUGCUUGUAAGCACAGUUGGAAAAUUGUGUAGAUUAAUUAAAGAGGGUAUAAAUGAACAGGUUAAGCAGGUACUGGGACCUGCAGAUCUCCAGAGCAUUAUCCACAAAUUGAAAGAGCAUGACGAAUUUUUCCCACCAUUUCAGGCAUUUACUAAUGAUCUACUUGAAAUUUUAGAAAUUGAUGAUCUGGAUGCCAUUGUACCUGCAGUAAAGAAAUUAAAAGUACUUGCCUACUGAAUGCAAAUCAAAUCAUUUUGACUGUGUAAAUUGUAUUUUUAGACAGUCUAAAUAUUUUAUAUGGUUAAUCUUAUUUGGAGACGAGUUAUAAAAUGUAUUUUCUCUCAGAAUUUACCCUUUCUUAACACUGGGUCCUUCUCCAUACUAUUUUUUUUUUUUUUUAAACUUUUGAGAUUCUUAUACAGAAAACAGUUGCUAAAUUAAUUGGGCUUCAGAACCCCUUAUCACUUAAGCAGUUUUUGAGUGGCUGAAGUUUAA